UCCGCCGUUGGAUUUUAAAUCUGAAUGCACUAUCAAAUUUAGGGUUCUUGGGAGCGAGCGCCAUGGCAGCUGUGGACAGCAGCAGCAAUCCGAUCCAGGCACCCUCUGCCGCUGCGGGCGUGAAGGGCCCUGGCGGCAAGGUUACGUUUAAGGUCACUCUUACCUCCGAUCCAAAGCUUCCAUACAAAGUGCUUAGUGUUCCCGAGGAGGCUCCUUUCACGGCGGUUCUCAAGUACGUUGCGGAGGAGUUUAAAGUUCCUGCGCAGACCAGUGCGAUCAUCACAAAUGAUGGAGUCGGCAUAAAUCCCCAGCAAAGCGCAGGAAACGUAUUCUUAAAGCACGGCUCGGAGCUCAGGCUCAUUCCAAGAGAUCGAGUCGGAAAUUCUUAAAAGUCACUACAAGUGAAAUAAAGCUCCUUUUGUUGACUGACUAAAAA